AUGAAACCAGAAAAGAAUAAGGUAUCCCGAAUAACAAUUGCGUGCAAUCCGUGUCGGUCUCGAAAACAAAAGAAAAGCAGUAUUCUUGAACUAACACUAUGCAGACCGGAAUGUGAACAAUGUUCGAGCUACAACCGUACCUGCGAAUGGCCUGAGCAGCUUAAACGCGGACCACCCAAGGGUUAUGUUGAAGCCUUAGAGCAGCGUCUUCAUGAAACAGAAGACGUGCUGCUCAAAGUACUCUCUCAGCUGAAUGAAGCUCAACUUACAUCAAUCUUAUCUGCGCCGAAUGCAUUCCCAGUCGAUGAUGUACCUCAAGAUAAUGGAACGCCUAACCGUUUCCCUAUGCUACAUGCACGCAACCGAGGGGUAGAGCACUGGAAGUCGUUUCCAUUACGAGAUGCCGAGAGUAUACGGAAAUGGCAGCAAGACUUCCAUCGUAUCAGAUCUACUUCCAGCUCUAGUCUGCCGAAUGAAAACCACUGGCGUUCCUCACGACCGUCGAGGCGCCGAUCGUCAAGAAAGAACGCUAGAGUGGACUCCGGUAGUGCGGAAAAUUUACCAAACGCCCAAUCACCAAUCGAUGAACUGCCGUCUGAGGCUAAUGGGAAAUUUCAAGAUUCGAAUCUAUACUCUCGUCGUACUGUCAAUGGCGGUACUAGCGGAAAUAGGCCGCUGAGACCUAAAAUGAACUUUCAUAUCCCCGCUCCUACGAAUCAACAUGAAAGCAACUCAUCGCAUCUGAGCUCAUGGAACGCUGCACCAUCAAAGGAAUUUCAAGAGCAGUUUAUGUGGUGA